UUUGUUCUCUCGCACAUUUGGAACAGGGGACUGACUGGAGAGCGCACAGUGAAAAGAUUGCGGCUGUCAAAAGCCCUAACAGUACCUGAUACUACAAGUAUUUAUGAAGCUUGCCGCAAGAUGGCUGCUCGCAGAGUUGAUGCUUUAUUGUUGACUGAUUCAAAUGCAUUACUAUGUGGUAUCCUGACGGAUAAGGAUAUAGCAACAAGGGUUAUUGCUCGAGAAGUUAAUAUACAGGAAACACCUGUUUCAAAGAUUAUGACGAAAAAUCCCGUUUUUGUGCUUUCUGACACACUUGCUGUGGAGGCUUUGCAGAAAAUGGUGCUAGGAAAAUUUAGACAUUUGCCGGUUGUAGAAAAUGGAGAGGUCGUUGCUUUGCUUGAUAUAGCAAAAUGCCUUUAUGAUGCAAUUGCUCGCCUCGAAAGGGCAGCUGAGAAAGGAAAGGCCAUUGCAGCUGCUGUUGAGGGAGUUGAAAAACACUGGGGGACAUCUGGUUCUGCAAGUUCUAAUACAUUUAUAGAAACACUUCGAGAGCAAAUGUUCAGGCCUUCACUGUCUACCAUCAUUUCUGAAAAUUCAAGGAUUGUUACAGUUGAACCAAGUGAUACUGUGUUAGCCACAGCAAAAAAGAUGCUUGAAUGUCGAACAAGCUCUGCAAUUGUAACAGUUGACAACAAACCACGAGGGAUUUUAACUUCAAAGGACUUAUUGAUGCGAGUCAUAGCACAAGAUCUUUCCCCCGAGUCCACUCUCGUAGAGAAGGUAAUGACACCUAAUCCAGAAUGUGCUUCAAUAGAUAUGCCGAUUGUUGAUGCUUUGCAUACAAUGCAUGAUGGGAAAUUUUUACACCUUCCUGUUGUUGAUAAAGAGGGAAUUGUUGUUGCUGUUCUUGAUGUGCUUCAUAUUACUCAUGCAGCUGUAGCCACGGUGGGAAAUACUGCUGGAAUAAAUAAUGAAGCUGCAAACUCUAUGAUGCAAAGAUUUUGGGAUUCAGCUAUGGCAUUGACUCCGGAUGAUGACGAAGAGACGCGGAGUGACAGUUCAUUGAAAUUGGCUUCUGAAGGGGCAGAAACAGGAAGAUCUAUUCCCUAUCCUUCAUCGAGCCAGCCAAAUAGUUUUUCAUUCAAGAUUGAAGACAAAAAGGGAAGGAUGCACAGAUUCAACUGUGGCAUCUUGAAACUUGCCUUCUGAACUGUCAUACUUUUCCCAGGGCUCCUGACUCCUAUCAAAUUUAUGGAGUUAUGUCCUUGCAACUGUUUCAUAUCACUUGUGUUUUCCUUUUGUUCUUCAUGUUGGUCCUCUUGAAUUUCCAGUUUUCCACAUUAUGCAUUGUAUAUUUAGCCAUGCUGUUGCUUAUUCAUAUUUUUAUUAUUAGAGGGACAUUGAACUAUGGUUUUCCCAUUAUUGGAAAAAAUUUAAACUUGUUUGUAUAUAUUGUCUGCUGAAACUAAUUCUAGGAGGAGAAGUGGGGACGCAAGGGCUAUGUGGACCACGACUGCGCAGUGCAUUAGGGAAGCCGCGAGAGAGGUAUUAGGGGUCUCAAAGGGUUACUCUGGUGACCACAAGGGAUACUGGCGGUGGGAGAGGUGCAAGAAAAAGUGGAAACCAAGAAAGCUGCGUAUCUGAAGCUAGUGGAAAGUGUAGACGAGGAGGAGAAGAGGGCGAAUAUGGAGCAAUAUAAGUUGGCUAAGGAAGAGGCAAAGCUAGCAGUUACGACGACCAAGACUGCAACUUUUACUCGUUCGUCUGAGGAACUCGAGGGCCGAGGUGGGGAUAAGAGGUUGUUCAGGUUAGCCAAGGCGCGAGAAAGGAAGGCUCGUGACUUGGACCAAGUGAAGUGCAUCAAAGAUGAAAAAGGUAGAAUUUUGUUGGAUGAGGGGAUUAUCCGUCGGAGAUGGCAGACCUACUGCCAUAGUCUCUUGAACGAGGAGGGGGACAAGAGCAUUGUAUUGGGUGAUUUGGA